AUGGGGAAAGCCAAAAAGACGCGCAAGUUUGCACAGGUGAAGCGUAUGCUGAACCCGAAUGACAUUCGCCUAAAAGAGAAUCAAGCCAAACAGGCGAAAAAGGAGGCAGAGGCAAAGGAAAAGGCCGUUCGUCGAGUCGACCCGAUGCCCUCCUCCCUUUUCUUCUCCCACAAUACAGCCCUCGUCCCACCCUAUCGUGUCCUCGUCGACACCAAUUUCAUCAACUUCAGCCUGCAAAACAAGCUUGAACUCAUGAGUGGCAUGAUGGACUGUCUAUACGCUAAAUGCAUACCGUGUAUAACGGACUGUGUAAUGGCAGAACUCGAAAAGCUCGGUCCAAAAUACCGCGUCGCACUCCGAAUCGCCCGCGACCCCCGCUUCGAACGCCUAGCCUGCACCCACCGCGGCACCUACGCCGACGACUGUCUUAUAAACCGCAUCACCGCCUCCAAAGCCUACAUCGUCGCCACCUGCGAUCGCGAGCUGCGUCGACGAGUAAGGAGGGUGCCGGGCGUGCCGUUAAUGUAUAUCGUGAAGAGGAGAUAUGCGAUUGAGAGGUUGCCGGAUGCGGGGGCGCCGGUGUAG